AUGUGGCGCUUGCUUUGCCUGGUGGUGGUGACGCCGCUCGCGGCCUCCACGAAGCUGGACGAGUUGUUGCUGGAAGUGGCACGGAAGAAGAGCGCGGAGUACAACUGCAGCUUCAGCAUCGCAGUCCGCACGCCCAGUGGAAAGGCAGCGGUCGCAAGUGGCGUGGUGGACUUCGAGAAUGCGCAGCCGGCGAAAGAGAGCGAUCUCUAUCCUUGGGGAAGCGUCACCAAGAUGUUCACCGCGGCCUCGGUGAUGAAGCUCGUGGGCAGCGGAAAGUUCCGAUUGGACGAUGCGAUCGCGCCGCUCGUGGAUGACUUGCUGGGGAAGAUGGCGGCCAAGGACCCUAGCCAGAACUUCAGCAGUGUGGAGGAGUUGUGGGGUGCCGACUUGGCCAAGACGACCUUGAGGCAGCUCUUGAGCAUGCAGUCGAGCAUCCCAGACUUCGACACGGCCACUCCCUCCAAGGGCGGCGGCAUCUCCAAGGAUCCGCUGAGGGCCGAGCUCUACACCACGCCCAAUCACUUCUACAAGCCGACGGAGCUCAUGAGCGUCCCGUGGGUGGCCAACCACUCCAAGGAUUGCCAAGCGCAGCCCUUCGUGGGGAAGUUCUGCUACAGCAGUACGAACUUCAUGUUGUUGGGCAUGGCCUUGGCCCAAGCCACUGGAGUGGACAGCUGGGCGGCCUUCAACCAGACGGCUUUCCUGCCCGACUACUUGCAGAACCAGAUCAGGUUUGCCAACUCUGGCUCCCCCAAGGACGCCGGGAGUGUCCCCGGCUAUGAUCGCACUUCCUACAACCGGGCGCCUGGUAACCUCAGCAACCACAACAACUGGGAGGUGGAGGGCGUGUUUGCCGGGUGGACCGCCAGCAACGUGGUGGCCACCGCGGCGCACAUCGCAGAUCUCAGCUGGGAGAUUUGGAAGGAGCACUCUCUGGCACCAGAGGCGUUGGUGAAGCAGAUGAUCCCCUCGGCGAUGCACAUCUACGGUAUGGGCGCCUUCAAUGUGGGCCUCUUCUCUGGUGGCGUGCGAGGGCCUUUAGGCCAGGGCUAUGGCCAUCUGGGAGCCACCUACGGGUACCAAAGCAUCGUUGGCUUCUUCCCUGCGCUGAACGUCUCGGUAGCAAUUGCCACCAACAUUGAGACGGACAAGCAGGUGCAGACGCCCGAUAGUCUUUGCUUCACCUACCAUGCGGUGGCAGGCCUGCUCAUGAACAAGACCUUUGACUGCAAGUUCCAGACCAUGGGCUACUACGGGGGCCGCUGUACUUGCUCCGAGACACCGGCUCCUUCGGGUUCUGCCUCCCAUGCUGCCAUCGUUUGA